CGAACAUCCGGAAUCGACCCGCCGAUUCGUGAGCGCGGCAACCACGUUUCUCUUCGCGUCUCUCGACAUCGUCUCCCUCUCCUCGCCGCACCUCGUCGCCCCCCUCGGAGACGAUGCUGGACGUGGUGAUGCUGAUGUUCUUCGCGUUGUGCGCUCUCGUCUUCCUCUCAUACGUCAUCUACGCCCUCUGAGGGCUCGCCUCCGUCCAUCACCGCUUCAUCAACAUCGCCAUCGCCACCAUCAUCAUCUUCACCACCACCAUCUUCAUCUCAUUUCCACCUCCCGUCACCGCAGCCUCAUUCCUACCACAACCUCCACUAUCACCGACCAGCUCGUUCCCACCACCAACCUCGCCACCACCAUCACCACCUCUGACCCCGUCAGCCUCACCGCGCACCAACCCAGGGGUUGGUAAGAAAGUGAGUUCACAAACAACAACAUCAUCAUCAUCAGCAGGAGCAUCAAGUGAGGGGUGGAGGGGGGCAGACACAGCGCCGAGGGUGGAGCAGGCAGCCGGCGGUGGAGUCUGUGAGGGGCUGAGGCAGGCGGCGGCCACAUGGAGGAGGCUGCCGAGAGGGAGCGAGGCCGAGCGGCCAAGCGGCCCUCGUCCAAGGAGCGCGGCGGUGGUGGAGGAGGUGGUGGAGGUGGAGGAGGUGCGGAGAGGAAGCGGCCGAGCCCCCCGCGGGACCGGCGCCGCUCUUCCCGGGACCGCAGACCGCGCUCGGGGUCCCCUGCCAGCAAGGAGCGUGACAGCAGGAGACGUGAAAGGGAUGUGAGAGACAAGGAGAGAGACAAGAAGGACAAAGACAAAGACGACUUGAAGAAGGACAAGGACAAGAAACGCUCCAGGUCGAGGUCACCGAAAAAGGGGACGAAAGAUAAAGAUAGAUCCAGACUGAAAAAAGAGAAGGACGAGGAGGAUGAAGAGGAGGAGGAGGAUGGCAAGAAGGCAAAGUUCCAGCCGCUAUCUCUGGAGGAAAUGAUUGCGCGCAAAAAAGCCGAGCAGGAGGCUGAGCAGAAGCCCAAGUUCCUGACGAAGGUGGAGCGCGAGGCGGAGGCCCUGCGCCGGCGCUCGCAGCAGGUGGAGGAGCAGCGGCGCGCCAUGGAUGAGGAGCGCAAGAAGAGGAUGGUCUUCCAGGAGGAGGGCAAGAAGAUGAUGGAGGACCCGUACGAGCGUGACCGGCGGGAGCGGCGGGAGCGGCGCGAGCGAGAGACGGAGACCAGCCUCAACGAGGACGACCGCACCAAGAUCCGCGAGGAGAAGGACCGCGAGAAGGAGAUGCAGGCCAUCAAGGACCGGUAUCUGGGCCAGCCCAAGAAGCGCCGUCGCGUGCGCCGUCUGAACGACCGCAAGUUCGUGUUCGACUGGGACGCGGGCGAGGACACGUCGGUCGAUCACAACCCCAUAUACAAGGAGCGGCACAGCGUGCAGCUGUACGGGCGCGGCUACGUCGCCGGCAUCGACCUCAAGCAGCAGAAGAAGGAGCAGUCCAAGUUCUACGGGGACCUGCUGGAGAGGCGGCGCACGCAGGAGGAGAAGGACCAGGAGGAGGUGCGCUUGAAGAAGGAGCGCAAGAAGGAGGCAAAGCAGCGCUGGGAUGACCGGCACUGGUCGCAGAAGAAGCUGGAGGAGAUGUGCGAACGAGACUGGCGCAUCUUCCGCGAGGACUACAACAUCACCACCAAGGGCGGCAAGAUCCCCAACCCCAUCCGCCUGUGGAAGGAGUCCAUCCUGCCCUCGCACAUCAGGGAGGUCAUCGAAAAGUGUGGAUACAAGGACCCAACACCCAUCCAGCGGCAAGCCAUUCCCAUCGGCCUGCAGAACCGCGACAUCAUCGGCAUCGCCGAAACUGGCAGUGGCAAGACGGCAGCCUUCCUCAUCCCGCUGCUUGUAUGGAUCACCACGCUGCCCAAGAUCGACCGCAUCGAGGAUACAGACCAAGGGCCGUACGCCGUGAUCCUGGCGCCCACGCGUGAGCUGGCGCAGCAGAUCGAGGAGGAGACCAUCAAGUUCGGCAAGCCGCUCGGCAUCCGCACUGUGGCCGUCAUCGGAGGCAUCUCCCGCGAGGACCAGGGCUUCCGCCUGCGUAUGGGCUGUGAGAUCGUGAUCGCGACCCCGGGCCGUCUGAUCGACGUGCUGGAGAACCGCUACCUGGUGCUGAGCCGCUGCACCUAUGUGGUGCUGGACGAGGCGGACCGCAUGAUCGACAUGGGCUUCGAGCCCGACGUGCAGCGCAUCCUCGAGCACAUGCCCGUCUCCAACCAGAAGCCCGACACCGACGACGCCGAGGACCCCGACAAGAUGACGGCCAACUUCGAGUCCGGCCGACACAAGUACCGCCAGACGGUCAUGUUCACGGCCACAAUGCCGGCCGCCGUGGAGCGGCUGGCGCGGAGCUACCUGCGCCGCCCGGCCGUCGUCUACAUCGGCUCCGUGGGCAAGCCCAUCGAGCGCGUGGAGCAGCGCGUCUUCAUCAUGGGCGAGUCCGAGAAGCGCAAGAAGCUGCUGGAGCUGCUGUCGCGAGGAUUCGAGCCGCCCAUCAUCAUCUUCGUGAACCAGAAGAAGGGCUGCGACGUGCUCGCCAAGUCCCUCGAGAAGAUGGGGUUCAACGCGUGCACGCUGCACGGAGGCAAGGGCCAGGAGCAGAGAGAGUUUGCGCUCUCAAACCUGAAGGCCGGCGCCAAGGACAUCCUGGUGGCCACCGACGUGGCCGGCAGAGGUAUCGACAUCCACGACGUCUCCAUGGUUCUCAACUACGACAUGGCCAAGAACAUCGAGGACUACACUCACCGCAUCGGCCGCACGGGUCGCGCGGGCAAGAGCGGCGUGUCCGUCACCUUCCUGACCAAGGAGGACGCGGCCGUCUUCUACGACCUCAAGCAGGCCAUGCUCGGCAGCCCUGUGUCGCAGUGCCCCCCCGAGCUCGCCAACCACCCCGACGCCCAGCACAAGCCCGGCACCAUCCUCACCAAGAAGCGCCGCGAGGAGACCAUCUUCGCGUGAUCGCCGUCGGGCGUCCGGCUCCCUCUCCCACCCCCAGCGCGCGCCGGUGCCGGCCCAGCCGCCCCCAUCGCUGCCACCACGGUCGAUACCCGCGGUUGUCGGAGUGUACGGAAGCGCGCCGCGGUCUGGCCAGAGGGCGGGAAGUGCAUCCUGGAAGCAGGAAUUUGCUGCGUGCUGGUAGCGGACUCGAGUGGGCGGCGGUGGUGGGGGGGCGCAGAUGGGAUUUGUCGGGGGAUGUGAAGCGGAGGAGUGUGCACGCGUGCGCCGCAUGUCGCCAGCUUGUCGUGUUGACUUGCAAACGGCAAAUGUGUUCUCUCCAACUUUUUACAAAGUUUCGAAGAUUUAUUUUCUCCGAAAUUCCCUUCGUUGUGAUUUUUAUAUCGUUCGUAUGAUUUUCGCGUUUUUGUCAUGAAUGUGUUUUGAACAUUGGUCACCUGCCCACAGAGCCGGCAUGCUCAGCAUUUAGCUCCCACCCAGAAAAACAAGUUGCUGGUCCGCGCGUGCUGCCCACUGCUCCGAAUCCUUCACCCGGGCUUAAUUCGAAGCGCCGCGUGUCGCCGUCCUCCUUUGCGUUUGCGUCCCAAGGGGGGUGUUUUGCCUACCGCGUUCUGCCGCUCUUCUGAUAUGCGAGAGAGACUUUGUUUUUUGUGACGUCCUGCAAGCUGUUUUUAAACCCAGGCUUCGUGUGCAGGCAGGUGGCUGCAACGUGCGUGCACGUGUAGGCAACGGAGCGUGUGCACACGCAAGAGAUGAGCGUGCAUCAGAACUGGGGUCAAUUGUCAUUGUAACUGUACCGUUCAUAAUGAGUUGCAAACGAUAUACGCUGCGUUCUCUGGCCGAUAAGACUCGCUUGGGAAAGUAAGACGCACCAAAAACCUUGUGUCCGGUGUCUUGGCACAAGUUAGAGAAAUAUGGACGGGGACACACCUAUCGGAUUAUAAGAUGCACCCCAAAAAUUUGUUUUCAAUUAUAGGGGGUAAAAAGUGGGUCUCAUAAUUUGGAAAAUAUAUCCGUUGCAGGCCACUUGAGAUCGUCUGCGAGUUUAAAGGAUUCGGGGUUUUGUCAUUGGGGCUGCUUGCUGCUCUACCUGCUGCGCAGCUAAGAAACUCACUUCUGUCCGCAAACACUCGAGACCUCGGUGCCUCCUGGGGAGCUCGUGGCCGCCAAGGCCUGGUCACACUUUAGGGCUCCGAAGUGAUGGGGAAUAGCCGGUAGAAAUCCACCCUCGAGUUUGACCCGAUCUCAAUGUGGUACAAGGUACGACGAGAAUAUGCCAUCCCGGUUUCACCCCCGAGUCUCGUGUUUGCCGAUAACGAUAGUACGGUUGGCAAGUACGGCGAGAGAGGAGUUGAACGUACAUACGUUUGAGGAGUUGUGGAACGUCGCCAGCUUUAACACGAUUGAUUUACGUGGCUUCAAAUGAACCGGUAAGUAAAUCUGGAACAACAAAUCCCUGGAAGAUAUGUGGUACCUUGCAACAUGGACUUUCAUGCAAGGAGUGGACAGUUAUUGUGUGUUUUAUGAUAUUCCUAAACUCUCCUGAAACUGCAACUACCCAAGACCCCAAAAAGCUCUGCUUGCUUGGACUCGAGUGUGAGAGUGGCUUGGAGCUCCUGAAUGUAGUUGAGAGACCAUCGUUUAUUUACUUUUGCUGGCCCCCAUUGUGUUGGCUCUGGUUAAUGAAACCUCAAGAGUUUGUGUUUUAGUUUGUUAUCCUUCCCUCCGCGCCACCUCCGAUUGGCACGGUUGGCUACGUGCGGUGUGAAAGAAGUUCUACAGGCAAGAGUUGUAAAACGUUUCUUUUUUUAAUGGAAAAAAAAAAAUUGCGCGAGUGUGUCUCGGGCUUGGGUGCAUUUGGUGAGCUCUGUGUCGCCGAGUUUCCGUGAUGUGCGAGCGACGCGUGUUCGUGUGUGCAAAGAGUGCACGCCCAAGUAAUGAUGAGUUCACAUCCUUCUAAAAUAGGGUUACUUUGCGUGACAAAAACAUUCGGUGUGGCCCAGUACCCACAAUUCAGUGGGGUGUUAUGCUCGAGUUGCAUUGUUCCUUGAUGUAGUGCAGCCUGUGAAACAAUAUUACACCAAUAAAAAGACUCCGACGAUGA